AUGUCAGACUCCAACCCAAAACCAGCACUGGCAAGCAUCCCACCCGAGCUCCAAAACAAGAUCUUCUCCUACCUGGACCCGGUCACCUCAACUUGCCUCGGCCUCACAUCCAAGAAGUUUUAUGCAAUUCACAAAUCGCUCCAUGGUGUCAACGCUACUUUGUUGUUCACCCCAACCGACUUCUUUGGCGUUGGAACUCGGGUGAAGCGGUUCAGCUUGAUUGAACUUCUGAAGGACUGGAUCAAGGACAAGAUUACCCCGAGAAACUCGGUCGCAGCAUCAAGGCUGCAAAGCAUUGGGAGAUGGUGGACCAAAAGGAGUUGA